GAUCAAAAUGUGCAGGAUGUCUUCGAAGUUGGAGAAAGAAGGAAAUUGCAGUUGCAAGAGUUGGAGGAGAUUUAGAACAAAGAUUUCAAAAAUGUUAGGAUUUAUAAAGAAAAAAGUAAGAAAAUUUCAUACUCAGAAUAUUUUGAGGAAAGAUUUUAAGGUUAGCCAAAAGGUUUUGCUUCAUCAUUCUUAUCUUAAGAUUUUUCAGGGUAACAUUCAUUCUCGUUGGAUAGGUCCAUUUCUGGCUACUAACGUGUUUCCAUAUGGUGUAGUUGAGAUACAAAAUCUAAGCACAAAUAAAAGGUAUAGUGUUUAUGGUGGGAUACAACAGAAUGAACAAGGUUCUUUAGCGUGGCCAUGCAUCCAGUGUGUUGUGAUUAAUGAGAGGGAGAAACUUUUACAUAAAUCAUAAAUCAGAACGUAAA